AAAAAUUUUUGAGAAAAUUGUUCAGUCUAAAAAUCAGUGAAUUUAAGGACAUUUUAAGGAAGAUAGUAAGUUGAUACUCAAAUAUGUCAACCAAUGAUCCAGAAGAUCUUUCGAAAGCAACAAUUGAUUUGACAAAAACCAGUUCAUUAGAAGUAAUAGCCGUAGAUCCCCCAAGUCAAACACCAAUAAACUCGACACAAUGCUCACCCAAAUCAGGUGGAGAUAAUAAAAAGUCUCCCGGCGAUACCAAUAAAAAUAGACGAAAAAGAAAACCGAAAAAAGUCUCAACAUCCCUUAAUGACACAAGUCUUAGUGAUAAUGAGCCAAUGGAUAUAGAUAUGGAGUUAACAAAUAAAGUUUCAAGUGGGUCAAUAAUCUCAAUAAAUUCUGAAGUCUCAAAACCUGAAUCAGAUUGUGAAACAAUCGAGAAAAUAGCUAAAAUGGUCUCGAACAUCACGAACGAAGAGAAGCCAAUUGAAAGUGAAACUAAUACACAGGAACAACAAGAUAAUAUAAUUAAUGAGGUUGAAUAUCGUCUGGAAGAGCUAUUUGCUGAUGUUCCAGAAUCAAGUAUCAAUGAACAAAGCACAAUAGAGUCAAUAGCACCCGAAGAUAGCACAAAGGAAACGCCAAAACUUCCUGUCAAGCCUAAACCUGCUAAUAAAAGGAAGAAGCCUGACACAGGAUCUAAUAAGAAGCAAAAGAAAGCUGUGAAUGGAAAUAAAUCAAAAGAUAAGAAAAAUGACAAAUCAGGAAAGUUUAAAGGAAGCGACAAAGGCAAGAUCGACAAGCUAGAUUCCAAAAAGACACAAAAAUCUAAAGAAAACGGUGGAAGAUCCAAAGUUAAAGUUGAUGCUGCGCCAUACAUUCAAAUUCAAAAAGACGGUUCCUUUACAGUCAUCAACCAAACAUUAAAUGGUGACGAUGAUACAGACAAAGCAUCCAGUAAGACGAAAAAACCAGUUGCAAUUGAAAAACAUCGACAGCAUAUUCGAGGACUUCAUGUAAGCACUUUAAGCAAUAAAUAUGAUGCUGAUAAAAGGGAUACGACUUGGAUUUGUGUAUUUUGCAAGGUUGGUCCUCAUAAGAAUAAGCUUGGUGAUCUAUUUGGUCCGUACAUAAUUAGCAAAAAGUCUGAAGAUUACGCAUUAUGUUUAGAAGAUCCAGCUAAUGACAUUUUUCGACAAAGUAAUCGCGACAAAUUCAUACCUAUCAAGUCACCAUUAAAUUCACCAAAAAAGAAGAAGAAAUUGGAAGUGAUUCCCAAAAAAGUAACUAGUCCAACAGCUGUAAAUGGCCCAGAAAUCAGCGAGGAAGUAUUUACAGGAAUGACAGCUGUUGAUGAGAAUAAUUACGAGAUUUGGUUCCAUGAAGAUUGCAUUGUUUGGUCGCCAGGAACACACAUUAUAGGAACCAAAAUAAUUGGACUAGAAGCAGCUGUUUGGCAAAGUACGCGACAUCGUUGUGAAUAUUGUCAGAAAAAUGGAGCAAUGGUUGCAUGUUUAACACGUGGAUGCUUAAAAGAAGCUCAUAUUGUGUGUGCAGUUUCACUGCUGUCUUUUAUUUACUGUCAUGUGGACGAAGGCGAUCGAAAAGACACAAUUUGUGAGUAUUUUAUGGACGAGAAGCGUGGAUAUGUUGCAAGAUGCCCAAAUGUUAUUCUAAAGGAUGAAAAUCAACACGUCAGAUUUACUGGAAAUCAAAUGGAAAAGAAGACAAAUGAGGAUGUUCGGUAUUUGGAGAUUGUACCUCCCUCAAACAUUGCAUUCCUUCCAUCACUCGACAUUUUUACGUAUUUUGUGAAUUUAGAGAAUUUGGACAUAAGAAAUGUGAAUAUUCAUACACUUGAUUACAUCUAUAACUGCUUUCCAAUCGUCUACAUGACACUGAAUAAUAAUAAUAUUAAGGAAAUCCUUCAUGACACCUUCUUUAUUUGCCGUGACUUAGUGAUUCUUGAUUUAAGCAAGAAUGAGAUUAAGAAAAUCCAUGAAAAUGCUUUUGGACAGACAAAGAACAUGAGGGAGCUGGAUUUGAGCUUCAAUCAACUUGAUUCAUUGCCAAGGAAACUGUUGAAGCCAAUUAAAAAGCUUAGAAAUUUAAAUCUUAGGAAUAAUCGACUUAAAACUGUUCCUUACAAUGCACUUAAUGAUCUCUUCGACCUUUCAUUCCUUGAUAUGUCCAACAACUUAAUAUCAUCACUUGAUGUCCGUUUCUUCGACUUUGUAAUGUAUCUCGAGACAUUAAAUCUGUCAGGAACUAAUAUCAAAAAAUUCUUACCUGGAACCUUCAAAAGCUUAAAGAGAUUAAAGUUUUUGGAUAUAUCCCAUAACAAGCUAUCAUCACUCGACGGUGAGAUGCUCAGCAAGAAUACAGAAAUUGAGGAAAUUCGCAUCAAUGACUGCUUACUCUAUGAAAUUGGUCAGCACUUUUUCGAUAAACUACCCAAAUUGACAUUAGUUGAGGCUAAAGGAAACAACUGUGCUGAUGGGGUCUAUAAAGGAUCACUCAACGAGAUUACAGAGAACUUUAAAGUCUGUCUUCAGAAUUCCGAUAAGAACCAACGUCAUGGAUGGCAACAAAAUACUGAAUUGUAA